CCAUAAAUAUAAAUAAAAUAAAAUAUUUCUACCUAAAAUGAUCCAAAAUUCUCAUUUUCUAUGACAGCACUACGUAACAUGGCGACCACGAGGGCUGUCUCAAGAAUACCGGCUUUAUUACAAUGCCGGUCUUUAUCAACGAGUUCGGUGGCCUGUGGGAAAGCAAUGAAGGGGCCAGACAUGGCCCUGAAGGAGCGAGAAUGGCAGCUGGAAUUUUUUCAGGACAAAGGGAAGAUCUACGACAAAAAGCCCUUUAAGAUUACUUUAAAAGAAGGCAAGAAAUAUCUCUGGUGCUGUUGUGGCAAUAGUAAAACUCAGCCUUUCUGUGAUGGAACCCACCUGAGUCCAUUCCUGAAGAUCAAGCAAAAACCUGUUGUGUUUAAGGCUCCAAAGACUAUGGAUGUUUGGCUGUGUAACUGUAAACAGUCGAACAACCGUCCUUUCUGUGAUGGUACUCAUCGCAGACCCGACAUUCAGGCAGCAGUUAAAGACUAGUUGUUAUUAUAAGAGUCCUUUGACAUUGCCUGUUGAAGAAGUUGAAAACAGAACAUGGCAUCAUUUUGGGGUAAAGAUCAAGUAGCUGCAGUUGAGUUGAUGAAUACUGUUGAAUAUGAAUUGCUUUACUGUUGGAUAUUUGAUGAAUUUAUAAUAAAGUGAUACCUAUAUUGGUUAUAUACUGUAGCAUGUAAAGGCAAGAACAAAUAGAACCUCUUUUGUAAGGUAAAUGUAAAUUUCCAACAAAGAAAUUUCUCCACAGAAAUCAGUGAAAUGAUAUAAUUUGUACAGUGGUGUCAGUCUGCAAUUUUGUAAGAUUAUUGAUUUUUGUUCACAGAUGGUAAAUAUUAGAGAAUUUGUCUGCUUUUAUAUUUUAUUGAAGAGUGUUGGUAACUAGUAUGAAGCCAUGUAAUUUGUUCAGUUGGAGUUUUGACUUCUGAUGUAAAUAGGUUAUGAAGUUAAUUCCAUAUUGGAACAGAUAUUUAUUUAUUCUUUUUGUAAGUUUAAACUAGAAGGAUGUCAUUUUAUAGAUAUGUAAAUACCAAUUGUUUAUAAAUAAUUCACUUACA